AUUGAUCCAAUUGAGGAGUAUGUCAUUGGUCAUGGAGGAAAUAAGGUGAUACAAAAGAUAUUGAUUGCCAAUAAUGGAAUAGCUGCAGUAAAGGCAAUUAGAUCGGUGCGUAAAUGGACUUAUUCAACAUUUGGCAAUGAACGUUUGAUCAAAUUCGUUGUGAUGGCCACGCCAGAGGACUUGAAGGCCAAUGCCGAGUACAUUAGAAUGGCCGAUCAGUUCAUAGAGGUACCAGGCGGUACAAACAAUUACAACUAUGCCAACGUGGACAUCAUCGUGGACUUUGCCGAACGAGCUGGCGUGCAUGCCGUGUGGGCGGGCUGGGGUCAUGCUUCGGAAAACCCUCGACUGCCCGAGUUAUUAUCGCGCACCAAGACUCAGAUCGCAUUCAUUGGUCCACAUGCCAGUGCCAUGCGAGAUCUAGGCGAUAAGAUUGCAUCGACCAUUGUGGCGCAGUCGGCCAAAGUCGCGUGUGUGCCAUGGAGUGGGAGCGGACUGACUGUGGAAUACUCAAAGACUGGUGUCUCGCCAGAUGUAUAUCGCCAGGCCAACGUAGCCUCUGUCGAGGAGGCCAAGACCAUCGUCGAAAGGAUAGGUCUGCCUGCCAUGAUCAAGGCGUCAGAGGGAGGGGGUGGCAAAGGUAUUCGCAAGGUCACAACAAUGGAGGAGCUGGCGGCAUCAUUUCGCCAGGUGCAAUCCGAGGUGCCAGGCUCGCCGAUCUUCAUCAUGAAGCUGGUGCCAAACGCACGUCAUUUGGAGGUACAGAUCAUUGGCGAUCAGUAUGGCGAGGCAAUAUCAUUGAAUGGACGUGAUUGUUCUGUUCAGAGACGACAUCAAAAGAUUAUCGAGGAGGGUCCUGCAUUGGCACCACUGCCAGAGCUCUGGACAGAGAUGGAGCGUGCUGCAGUACGUCUGGUCAAGGAAGUAGGCUACGUUGGUGCUGGCACAGUCGAGUACCUAUUCCAAGGUGGACGAUACUAUUUCCUCGAACUCAAUCCACGUCUACAAGUCGAGCAUCCAGUCACCGAAGAGAUCACUGGUGUCAACCUACCAGCCACUCAACUUCAAAUAGCCAUGGGUAUUCCAUUAUACAGGAUACCAGAUAUAAGGAAGCUUUAUGGACAUUCACCAUUUGAUAACACUCCAAUAGACUUGCAAGAAUUAUCAAUAAGGAUACCACCAAAGAGUCAUUGUAUCGCUGUGAGGAUAACGGGAGAGAAUCCAGAUGAGGGCUUCAAGCCCACUUCAGGUGGAAUCCAGGAACUCACAUUUAGGAGCACGCCCAAUGUAUGGGGCUACUUCAGCGUCGGUCCACAUGGCGGCCUACACGAGUAUGCCGACUCACAGUUUGGACACAUCUUUGCCAGUGGCAACACGAGGGAGGAGGCGAGAAAAGCCAUGGUUGUGGGCCUGAAGGAGAUAUCGAUACGUGGAGACAUUCGUACACCAGUCGAGUACAUUAUACAUCUGUUGGAGACCGAUUCAUUCAAGCGCAAUGAUAUAGACACGGGCUGGCUGGACAGACUCAUCGCCGAGAAGAUCAUCACUGCCAAGCCCGACUGCAUGCUAGUGGUACUAUGUGGCGCACUCACCAAGGCUUUCAAUCAAUGUGCACUCCGCUGUCAGGAGUUCAUCCAACAGAUCACUGUGGGUCAGCUACCAAGCAUCGAGUUGCUGGCCAAUGUAAUACCCGUGGAGCUCAUCUACAACAACAUCAAGUAUCUGUUUGAAGUGCGUCGAAAGAGUCCAUCAAGCUUUAUGAUUGCGCUACAACAUGAGCGCAACAACUUUGUCGAUGCCAAUGUCAUUGCCAUGGCUGAUGGCGGACUGCUCAUCAUGCUGGACGGUCGAAUGAAUGUUUGUUAUGCACGCGAGGAUGUCACUGGACUGCGAAUGACCAUCGACUCAAAGACAUGUGUGUUCAGCCAGGAGUACGACCCGUCGAUCCUGCGCACGUCCUCGCCAGGCAAGCUCGUCCGCUAUCUGGUGGACGACGGUGCGCAUGUUGAGAAGGGUGCCUCAUUCGCCGAGAUUGAGGUGAUGAAGAUGUACAUGCCCCUGAUCGCCCCAGAGUCUGGAACAAUCAAGUUUGCCCUCUCUGAGGGCAGUGUGAUGGCUGCCGGCGCCAUCAUUGCCCAUCUGUUGUUGGACGACAGUGCCACAGUGCUCAAGUCAACUGUGUUUAAUGGACAUCUCGGACCAAUGUUGCCACCCACAUUGAUUGGUGACAAGCCACAUCAACUACUCAAUCACACCAUUCAGAGCAUCAGACAUGUUCUUGGCGGAUAUGAACAUCCUCAAGUCAACGCCCUAGUCGACGAGUUGUUUGCACAGAUUGAGACGUCUACACUGCCAUUCUACGAGUUCCACGAUUGCCUCAGCGUGAUCACCAAUCGCCUGCCUCCAUCAUUGACCACAUUGGUCUAUGGAGAGUUGGCCAGAUUCAAGUCCAACAACAUUGGCGAGGAUGAAUGCAAGGAGGAGUGCUUCAACAGUAUGGCUUUGCAAAAGACGAUCACAGUGUAUAUGAACAAGGCGGCGGCAGAGAAUGAGUCAAUCGCCAAGACAUUGGCCACGACUAUCGCGCCACUGAUGGACCUCACCCAGAAAUAUAUUGAUGGAAUCAAAGGAUCGAGGACAAGCACAAUCAGAUCAAUCUUGGAUGAAUUCAUUGCAAUUGAUGCAUUGGAACAUCGCGCAAUACAGACCAGUCUGAAGAAUCUGCGACAUAUCUACAAGGACGAUGUCACCAGGAUACUGGAUGCAUCACGAUCCAUUCAUCCACAAUCAAUCAAACAUCAACUCAUCCUAUCACUUUUGCGCAAGAUUGAUCAGACCAACACAGUGCCAGACUACAUGGUCCAGCUUAAACGACUGUCUCAGAUGUCUGGCAAGAGCAUGGACAUAUCACUCAAAGCCAAACAGAUUAUCGUCAACUCACAACUACCAACGAUCAAACAUCGCAUGGAUGACCUGGACGAGUGCAUCCAUCAUGUGCUCGGACUUGAGAACGAUGAGCGCGAGAAGGAGAUACAGGUCGUGUCCAAGCAGUCGGCCGACAUCAUCGAUGUUCUCAUUCCAAUGUUUGACUCGAGUGAGGAGCACAUCAAGCGAGUGUCUUUGGAGUUAUAUGUACGCCACAGCUAUCGAUCGUACAACGUUCAGACGAUCCGUGUGUGUAUUGGCCAAGAUCCACUAGCAGUCGAGCGAGGAUUUGAGUGCGUCGAGUGGCACUUCUAUAUCUACGCACCAUCAACUGUUGCAGCGGCCAGCUCAACAUCUCAGUCACCAUCACCACACACCACUCCCGAUGGGCGACGUCUCUCAGUCAUCUCCAAUGUGCUUUUUGGCGGCACACGUGUCGACUCGAUGGACAACCUCUCAGCGAUCGAAGACCAAAAUCUACUUCGCUACGGCAUGAUGGUCUACUUCCACACUGAAUCGAUGUUUGAACAACAGUUGCCCGCGAUACUAAAGUGCUACAACAAAGAGGACGACUUCAAUCUUGGCAGGAUGCGUCCGCCCAAUGACCCCACCGAUGUGAUGUCCGUCGUGAUCAAGACCUAUCCCGAGACGAUCGCUCAAGAGAACGCGUGCACCACACGCCUCAGCCAGAUACUCAAGGCCAACAUCAAGGAGCUGUACCAGGCCAGAAUCAGACGUGUCACCUUUGUUUGUUGUGGCAGCAUUGGCCAGAACCCCAAGUUCUUCACAUUCCGUGAGCGCCACAACUUUGCCGAGGACUCAAUCUUCCGCCACAUCGAGCCGUCGAUGGCCUACCAUCUCGAGGUGCGCAAGCUGAGCAACUUCAACAUCACCUACAUCCCCACUCAAUCACAACGUAUCCAUCUCUACUAUGCACAAGAGCGAGGCAAGAGCGAGACCGACGUCAAUGCCGACAGAUGUCUAUUCGUGCGAUCAGUGAUCAGCUACAGUGACCUUAGUCGUGGAGACAAUGAGAUCAAGAUCGUCGAUAUUCUGCUGUCACAGAUCGAAGCGCUUCUGUCAGAGUCGAUCGAGGCGCUCGAGAUGGCCAUGGCCACACACAAGUCAGCGCAGAACCACAACAUCUUCCUCAACAUCAUACCCGAGGUCAUAUUCGAUGAGCGAAUGAUCAACUAUGUCGUCCAGGAGAUUGGUGAUCGAGUUGGUACGAAGCUGUGGAAACUACAUGUUGGACAGGUCGAGGUCAAGGGUCGUCUGAGACGCGGCGACAACCUGACUGCCAUCAGAUUCUUCAUCCAGAAUCCAACCGGCUAUGCAUUCCAAGUGCAGUGCUACUAUGAACAGUUCAACCCAUUGGGUCAGUGGACGUUCACCGCCGUGCCAGGCAGUCCAAGAGGCAUCUGGGAUGGCUUACCAGUGGACACGCCCUAUCCCAUUAUGGACGCAGUACAACGCAAUCGAUUCAAAGCACAACGAUUGGAGACAACGUACAUCUAUGACUAUCCCGACCUCUUCAACGAAGCACUUCAAUCACUUUGGUUGGAAUAUGUCGAGCUGAACAAGGACAACCCAAAUCGCAUACCUCUGCCAUCGCGUCGAGUUACCGAUGUCGUUGAACUCAUAUUGACACCGGGACAGAUGACGGGCACUGAAUGUCCGCCCACAGUACCAUUCGAUCAACUGCCAGAGGACAAAAGACCACGCAUCGAGGAGACAUUCCGUCCAAUUGGCUACAAUGAUAUUGGAAUGGUGGCGUGGAAGAUGACGCUUUACACACCCGAGGUGCCACAGGGCCGACAGGUAAUUGUGAUUGCCAACGACAUCACAUUCCAGAUCGGAUCAUUCGGACCUGCCGAAGAUCUGCUCUUUAACUUGGCCAGCGAGAAGGCCAGAUUGGAGGGCCUGCCAAGAAUAUACAUCUCUGCCAACUCUGGCGCGAGGAUUGGUCUGGCCGACGAUGUAAAGAGCAAGUUCAAGGUGCUGUGGAACGUGCCAGGAGACCCAAGCAAAGGUGCACGAUCACUCUACCUCACUGAGGAUGAUUAUCAACUAUUGUCGGCUUCACACUCGGUCCAAGCGGAGCGUGAUCGUGAGGGACGAUGGGUGCUCACAGACAUCAUUGGCAGUCUCAAUGGUAUUGGCGUGGAGAAUCUGAGCUGGUCGGGAUUCAUUGCCGGAGAGACAUCACGUGCCUACAAAGAUACAUUCACAAUCACACUGGUAACAGGUCGAUCAGUUGGUAUUGGCGCGUAUCUUGUGCGACUUGGACAGAGGACCAUUCAAAACGAUGCACCAAUCAUACUCACUGGCGCUGGUGCACUCAACAAGGUGCUUGGCAAAGAGGUCUACUCGUCCAAUCAACAACUGGGUGGAACCCAGAUCAUGUACUCCAAUGGUGUGUCGCAUCUCUGUGUUCAUGAUGAGCUCAAGGGCAUCGUGUCCAUUCUGCAAUGGAUCGCAUACAUACCCAAGGCGAGGGGCGAGCCACUCCCAGUGCUGAACAAUGGUGACUCGGUGGAUCGCGACAUUGACUUUGACCCAUGUCUCACGGCCAAGUACGAGAUCAAGGAUCUGAUCAUGGGACAUAGCUCUGAUCUUGAUCCCAUGGUCUGGAUCAGUGGACUGUUUGACAAGGGCUCAUUCAUCGAGACACUCGGCGGUUGGGCAAAGACUGUUGUAUGUGGCCGCGCAAGGCUAGGCGGCAUUCCAGUUGGUGUGAUUGGCGUGGAGACCAAGACCGUCGAGAAGGUGGUGCCGGCCGACCCCGCCAAUCCCAUCUCUCAAGAGGUGGUCACUCAACAGGCGGCACAGGUCUGGUAUCCAGACUCAUCGUUCAAGACUGCUCAGGCCAUUGCCGACUUUAACAAUGGCGAGGAGCUACCUCUCAUCAUCCUGGCCAACUGGCGAGGCUUUAGUGGUGGCAUGCGUGACAUGUUUGACGAGAUACUCAAGUUUGGUGCGCUGAUCGUGGACAACCUGCGCAACUAUCGACAGCCUGUAUUUGUCUACAUUCCUCCCGAUGGAGAACUGCGUGGCGGUGCCUGGGUCGUCCUAGACUCGACAAUCAAUCUGGACAUGAUGGAGAUGUACGCAUCGGAGAGUGCGCGUGGCGGUGUCCUCGAGCCCAACGGCAUCUGUGAGAUCAAGUACCGUGAUCCCGAACUCAUCAAGACCAUGCACAGACUAGAUGACCGAUUGCAAACAUUGAACCUGGAGAUGCAACGUGCCAGCGCAGCCAACGACCUACCACAGACAAUCACACUCAAGCAACAGAUACAAGUACGCGAGAAGGAACUGCUGAGUGUGUACCAGCAGAUUGCAAUCAAGUUUGCAGACCUGCAUGACACUCCAGGUCGUAUGAAGGCCAAGGGUGUGAUACACGAUGUUGUUCCAUGGAGGUCGGCCCGUCGCUACUUCUAUCACCGUCUUCGUCGCAGACUCUUGGAGGAGCAGCACAUCAAGGCGAUGCACGCGGCCAAUCCUACGCUUAGCCGACAGGAGCGUAUGAAUCUGCUCAAACAAUGGACGGCAGAGAUAGAGUUGAACAACAACAACAACAAGAAGACAAUCCUCUUGGAGAACGAUGAACAAGUUGCCAAUUUGCUAAAGAGUUGUGAGGAUGCAUUGUCACAACGAGUGAUACAAUUGAAGAAGAUGUACAAUCAAUCACAACUAGUUGACUAUGCUCAAUCAUUGGACCAAGAGACAAUGUUGGACAACAUCAUCAGUCUAAUCGAGACACUAUCACCAGAUAAGCGAAAGGCACUUCAAGCUAAGCUAAAACAA